UUCUCCUCCGCCUUGCCGAGAGCCCUAAAAUAAAUCUGCAAGAACCCUAAUUUCCUGUGGUUAUUUGGGCAAUGGCGGCAGCGGGGCGCCUGGCGGUGGGAUGCGCCGUCGCGUGGCGGAAAUCCGUGGCGCCACGGAAUGGAUUUCGAUCGAGAUUGAAUGCGGGCGUAUUCCGGCAGCAGCAGCAGCGAGGAUUUCAAGUGAUAACGGCAGCUAGACGGCUGUUCACGGAGCUGAAGAAGAUACGGGAGGAAGCCGAUGCUGGCCCCGUGGAAUUCGAUUCCAAUCUCAGCAUUGUCUUGUAUCCCGAUCCCAAGCUCCGCGCGAGGAACAUCCGCAUCAAUUCCUUUGAUGAUAACCUCAAGAAGCUUGUCGAUGAGAUGCUGGACGUGAUGUACAGGACAGAUGGAGUAGGCUUGUCCGCUCCACAGGUAGGCGUCAAUGCCAGGCUCAUGGUCUUUAAUCCCGAGGGUGAAAGAGGCAAAGGCAAAGAGUACGUUUUCGUGAAUCCAAUGAUUGUCAAGUUUGGGAAAGAGCGAGAAGCUGAUAGAGAAGGAUGCCUAUCUUUUUACAGCGCUCAAGCCGAUGUCGAGAGACCGAUAUCGAUCCGAGUCGAAGCUCAAGAUAUCAACGGGAAGAAAUUCGGUACCACCUUCAGGGGCUGGACUGCUCGAAUUUUCCAACAUGAGUAUGAUCACCUGGAGGGUGUCCUCUACAUUGACCGGAUGACUCCAAAAGCAUUGAACUCCAUUGGAAAAGAACUUUUGAAUCUGGAAGAGGAGUUUGAGAACAGAACUGGGACGCCUCGUCCCGAGUCGGUUAAAGACAAACUGUUAAGCUCAGUAGCGUCUUGAAAUGCAAAGUGUUUGUUCUGGAAAGGUGCUCGGUUCGAUUACGUUCUUUGCGCUCCGUUUCAACUUACCGGAAAUUUCAGCUGGCGCUGAAGAUGGAAUCUAAUCGAGUGAGUUGCUGUCGACGAUCCCGCGCCACACGAGCUACCAUCUGGCCAGAUGGCUGACCUUCAAAUCAUCCUGGUUGACAUAGAAUCAGAGCACUGACUACCUCCAAAGUGGUGAAGAUGGCCAGAAAUAAGUGUGAAGAACGAAGCGAGAAACAUUGGCCCAUUAGGCGGUGCGUGGCGUAGCCCAAGGAGGAGCUCUUGUUUCCCUGGAGUUCUUUUGUCUCCAAUAACGCACCAGACACAAGGAAGUUCCGAAUUUUCUGGGAGGAGUCCCGUAGAGCUGUGAAGGGAGACAUCGGCUCGUGACGUUCUCGGGCAGCUUCUCCACCAGAUUUCGGUCAGAUUAUCGCUCAGAACUUUGUCUCAGGGAGAGAGAAUUUGGAAGUCAUCUCUCAGCCUCAGGCAUUAACACCUUUGGGACGACUUAAAAAAUCUCAAGUACUUGUCGUCA